UCCCGUCAAGCAGCACGUGGUGUGUGUGUGCAGCCUCUUAACCGUUACGGUAGCGUCCUCCCGGUUACUGGCAGCAGCAGGUUCCUGUAAGGUGUGAGGAUGUCACUGUCUAUUUCUCCAUGGAGGAGUGGGAGUAUAUAGAGGAACACAGGGGUCUGUACAAGGAUGUGAUGAUGGAGAAUCACCGGCCCCUCACAUCACUGGAUGGAGCCAGUAUGACAAAUACUGCAGAGAGAUGUCCCCGUCCUCUUUAUUCCCAGGAUCAUACAGAGGAGAACCACAGUUUCCCACAGGAGGGUCAGGGCGACAAUAUGACUAAUAUUAAGGUAGAAGAUAUAAAAGAGGAAGAGGAGACGUAUGUGAGGAGUGAUCAGCAGUGUAAGGAGGAGGAAAUCCCUACAGAUGGGGCCAGUAACAGGAAUACCCCAGAGAGAUGUCCCCGUCCUCUGUAUUCCCAGGAUCAUACAGAGGAGAAUCACAGUGUCCCACAGGAGGGUCAGGAUGAAGCCUUUACUACUAAUAUUAAAGUAGAAAAUAUAAAAGAGGAAAAGGAGAAGUAUGUGGGGGGUGAUCAGCUGUGUAAGGAGGAAGAAAUCCCUACAGAUAUCAGCACAAAUGGAUGCAGAAGCAGGAAUACCUCGGAGGGACGUCUCCUCUUAUCUUCAGAUUAUAAAAUAGAAGAUAACAUCGUACAAGAUUCUCCAGGAGAAACCCCUAUUACACUAAAUGUACAGCCGGUGUUGGACAAGGAACAUACGUCAUCUGAUCCCUCUAAUCAUAAAGAUUGUUCUGCUGAUACGUUAGAUGAUGAUACACAUAGAACAAGCUCUACAGGUGCUAAAAUGUUCCCCUGUUCAGAGUGUGGUAAAUGUUUCUUACAUCGUUCAGGCUUAAUUAGUCAUCAUAGAACUCACACAGGUGAGAGACCAUUUCCAUGUUCUGAGUGUGGGAAAUGUUUCAAACAUAAAUCACAGCUUACUGGACAUCUUAGAAUUCACACAGGUGAGAAACCGUUCUCUUGUUCUGAGUGUGGGAAAUGUUUUGCAGAGAAGUGCGCUCUUGUUACACAUCAGGGGACUCACACAGAUGAGAGGCCAUUUCCAUGCUCUGAGUGUGGGAAAUGUUUUAAACGUAAAUCACUUCUUGUUGUACAUCAGAGAAGUCACACAGGUGAGAAGCCAUAUCCAUGCUCUGAGUGCGAGAAAUGUUUUAUAUGUAGAUCAGGGCUUGUUAAACAUCAAAGGUCUCAUACAGGUGAUAAGCUAGUUUCAUGCUCUGAGUGUGAGAAAUCUUUUACUGAGAAAGCAGGUCUUCUAAGACAUCAGAGAACUCACACAGGUGAGAAACCAUUUCCAUGUUCUGUGUGUGGGAAAUGUUUUCCACAUAAAUCAGAUAUUGCUGUGCAUCAGAGAAGUCAUACAGGUGAGAAGCCAUUUCCAUGCUCUGAGUGUGAGAAAUGUUUUACUGAGAAAGGAGGUCUUAUAAGACAUCAGAGAAGUCACACAGGUGAGAAGCCUUUUCCGUGUUCUGUGUGUAGCAAAUGUUUUACACGUAAAUCAGCUCUUGUUUAUCAUCAGAGAAUUCACACAGGUGAGAAGCCGUUUCCAUGUUCUGAGUGUGGAAAAUGUUUUAGACUAAAAACAAACCUUGUUGUACAUCAGAGAAUUCACACAGGAAAAAAACAAUUACCAUGAUGUGAUAGACAACAGGGUUACAGCAAUAAUUACCAUGUGCUGGCAUCGGUGGAAUGUCUCAUCAACAUGAGACCCUAUAACAGUUUCUUUCUAUUAGACAUUGGCCAUAACUCAUAACUAUGAAUAGUAAAACGAUCACAUUGUUGUUAUACAUUGUCCUUAAUAAUAUAUAAUAAGCGAGAAAAUGUGUCUGUUUAUCCUUUAUGAAAGGUUUUGGACCUAGCUCCACCAAAUAUGUCAUGGUGUGUAGUGUGACCAGGAUUUAUUUUUCUGCCUAGGUUUGAAUUUUGCAGGACCACACAUUGUCACACUCGUAUACAAUAUACACACAUUGUCACACUCUCAUACACACAUACUGUUACACUUGCAUACAUAAUAUACACACGCUAUCACACUUU